UUUGUAAACAAUAUCCUGCUAAAUAGUCAAUAGCCAAACAGCUAACUUACUUUUGCGUCCCAUUUCUUUAAGGCUUUAAUUUUUUUGAACAACAGUUUUAAUUGUACAAAGGACAGAUAAGUUAUAAUGACAUCCCGAUUAGCUGUCUUUUAAAUUCAAAGUAUAUAAGUAUUGUUUUACCGCUGAAUGCUGAUGUCCAGUCAUGAAUCAGCUAAGCUAACAUUAGCUUCAGUAAAAGAACCAUAAGUGAUAUUUAUGGCUUAAUUAGCAAUAAUUGAACUAAACAAACGUUUCAGGUUGCAGUGGAAUCAGUCUGCAGCAGGAUGAUCUCUCAGAUCUUCAUCUUGUCCUCAAAGGGAGACCACCUCAUCUACAAAGACUUCCGUGGAGAGGCGGGAAGUGAUGUUGUCAGCAUAUUUUAUGAGAAGGUGAUGACACUGACUGGAGACCAGCCUCCAGUUGUCAUGAGCCACAAAGACCUUCAAUUCAUCCAUGUCAGACAGGGAGGACUCUAUUGGGUUGCCACGACAACUGCUGACUCCUCCCCUUUCACGAUUAUUGAGUUCCUUAACAGGUUAGCAGCUCUAGUCAAAGAUUACUGCGGCAGUCUGUCAGAGAAGAUGGUGCAGAUGAACUUUGCCCUCAUCUAUGAGCUGCUGGAUGAAGUGGUGGACUAUGGUUACAUCCAGACCACGUCCUCUGAUGUCCUGAAGAACUUCAUCCAGACUGAAGCUGUCUCCUCCAGACCCUUCAGCCUGUUUGACAUCAGCAAUGUUGGACUGUUCGGAGCAGAGACUCAACAGAGUAUAGUAGCCCCGAGUUCUGCAGCCACGAGACCAAUCCAGUCCAGCAGAGAACAGGGAGGAAAGAGUGAGAUAUUUGUGGACGUGAUUGAGAGAAUGACGAUCGUCAUCGGCUCCAACGGCAUGUUAAUGAAAGCAGAUGUUGAAGGGGAGAUCACAGUGAAGUGCUACAUGCCAAAUUGCACAGAGAUGCGCAUCGGGCUGAAUGAGGAGUUUAGCAUUGGCAAAUCACAGCUCAGAGGUUACGGCGCUGCAGUCCGGGUGGAUGAGUGCAGUUUCCACCAGGCAGUUCGACUGGACGAGUUCGACAGUCACAGAAUCCUCCGACUCUGCCCGAGUCAGGGCGAGCAAACGGUGAUGCAGUAUCAGCUAAGUGAUGAUCUGCCCUCGGCGCCGCCUUUCCGACUGUUUCCCACCAUCGAGAGAGACAGCGGUGGAAGGCUGCUGAUGUACCUGAAGCUCCGUUGUGAUCUGCCACCAAAGAGCGCUGCUUUAAACGUCUGUGCCACCGUCCCAGUUCCCAAAGGCUGUGUGAGUCUGUCUCAGGAGCUCAGCAGUCCAGACCAGAGUGCCGAGCUGAAGCCUCAGAGCCGAGCCGUGGUCUGGAAGGUCCCCCGCUUCACCGGAGGAACCCAGCUGUCUGCUCUGUUCAAGCUGGACGUCCCUGGCCUCAGUUCUGCCUCGAUGCAAGAAGUCGGUCCGGUCGGUCUGAGCUUCGAGCUGCCGAAGUACACAGCCACUGGGCUACAGAUCCGCUUCCUGCGCCUGUCGCCGGUCCAGCCUGGUCCGUCUCAGCGCUGGGUCCGGUACGUCACCCACUCGGACUCAUACACAAUCAGGAUCUGACGAAUCAAGUGAAGCCGCAGCAAGGACAAGGAUGUACAUUUAAAUCAAACGUUUAUUCUUAAGUCUGUAUUUAUUUUUAUUUAUGAAAGUGGACUUCUAUUUGAACUGUUUAUUUAAAGGACCAGGCUAUGUUUUUUUUUUUUUUUUUUUUUUUUUACCCAAACCGAUGAGUCCUUCCAUCCAUCUGCAGAUUGUCAGACAUGUCCUGGUUUCUGACAGUGCACUGAUGCCUCCUUCAGUGCUGACCUCUGACCUUUUUCUACUUCAGUUUUGGCUCCAACUAACAGAAGAAAUCAAAUAUCCCAGAUCGAGUUGUUGGGAAACCACGAAAGCAGAAAUACAUUUGAAGAAUUUGCGUCUUUUAUUUGAUUAUUUUUGCUCAGUCACCUGUUUCAGUUCUCUUUUAGGACUUCUCUUUGUUUACUGUUCAAUUUUUGUUUACCUUUUUAUGGUUCUAACCUUUGAAAAGCGCCUUUUAAUUGUGUUUGAAAAGAGAAGUGUCAAAGAUAGCAAUGUGACACAUUAUGUCAAAUUUUAACAGUACAUUUAAGAGUCUGUAGAGCACCGUAAAACUGAUCACACUCUCCUCAGUGCCAGGAUUAUUAGAGUGAAUGACAGACUAAAACUGAAACUGAAACUAGCACUGAAAAAAUGCAGUGUAACAGGAAAUGGUGGUUAAUGGUGUUCAAGAAUAGAACGUAUCUGUGAAAGAGGAUCUUUAAUAAACACAGGUUUUGUAAAUAA